CUCUUCUUAAAGACCAAGUUGUAUGUAACAAACUUUUCUGUAACUCCAACGAAGAAGUUGGGAAUCCAUUGAUCGAUUGAAAAAUGGCACUGAUGAUGAGAAGAGUGGUAUCAGGCAUGGCUGCUUCUGCCACCGUCAAUUUGCUUUCUCGCUCCUCCUCCGUCGCGUCCUUGCACCGUUCUUCUGCUCUUCUCUCUCGCCAGAUGAGCACUGAAACUGAAAAUAUUGUUACAAGACUUAAAAGUUCGGGAUUGCUACGAAGUCAAGCUCUGAUUGCUGGAAAGUGGACAGAAUCUUAUGAUGGGAAGGUUAUCGAGGUAACCAAUCCUGCUACUGGUGAUGUUGUAGCGAAUGUUCCAUGCAUGGGUGGGAGGGAGACAAAUGAUGCAAUAUCUGCAGCUUAUGAAACAUUCAGUUCAUGGAGCAAAACCACAGCAUCUGAGAGAAGCAAAUGCUUACGGAAAUGGUAUGAUUUGCUGAUUGCUCACAAGGAGGAGCUUGGACAACUUAUUACACUAGAGCAAGGAAAACCCUUGAAAGAAGCAAUUGGAGAGGUUGCUUAUGGGGCUUCCUUUAUUGAAUACUUUUCAGAGGAGGCAAAACGUGUCUAUGGUGAUAUCAUUCCUACUCCACUAUCUGAUCGUCGGCUGUUUGUUUUGAAACAGCCCGUUGGUGUUGUUGGAGUUAUUACUCCUUGGAAUUUUCCGCUGGCAAUGAUUACCAGAAAGGUUGGUCCUGCUCUUGCUAGUGGUUGUACUGUAGUGAUAAAACCAUCAGAGCUUACUCCUUUGACUGCUUUAGCAGCAGCUGAGCUCUCCAUUCAGGCUGGGAUACCUCCGGGUGUAGUGAAUGUAGUCAUGGGAAAUUCUCAACAAAUUGGGGAUGCUUUACUGGCCAGCACACAGGUGAGAAAGAUUACCUUCACAGGCUCAACUGCUGUGGGAAAGAAAUUAAUGGCUGGUGCGGCCGAUACUGUUAAAAGGGUUUCUCUGGAACUUGGUGGCAAUGCACCUUGCAUAAUAUUUGAUGAUGCAGACUUGGAUGUGGCAGUAAAAGGAGCUUUAGGGACCAAGUUCCGUAAUAGUGGACAAACAUGUGUAUGUGCGAAUAGGAUCCUUGUUCAAGAAGGUAUUUAUGAAAAAUUUGCUAGUGCUUUUUCAAAUGCUGUCGAGAAACUUCAAGUUGGGAAUGGUUUUGUUGAUGGUGUUGCACAGGGACCACUUAUUAAUGAAGCUGCUAUUCAGAAGGUUGAAAAGUUUGUUCAAGAUGCCAUCUCAAAGGGAGCAAAAGUUCUUCUCGGGGGUAGAAGACAUCGUCUUGGAAUGACCUUCUAUGAACCCACAGUCAUGACUGGCAUCAACAGUGAUAUGCUUAUGUCGAGGGAAGAAGUAUUUGGACCUGUUGCUCCUCUUCUUUCCUUUAAGACGGAGGAAGAAGCCAUCAGCUUGGCAAAUGACACCAAUGCAGGAUUAGCUGCAUAUUUUUUCACGACAAAUAUCCAACGUUCUUGGCGUGUCAGUGAAGCCCUUGAAUAUGGAAUUGUUGGUGUUAACGAGGGAUUAGUUUCCACGGAGGUAGCUCCAUUUGGAGGUUUCAAGCAGUCUGGUAUUGGACGAGAGGGUUCAAAGUAUGGCAUGGAUGAAUAUCUUGAAGUUAAAUAUGUAUGCAUGGGUAACAUGAAUGGUUAACUCAAUUGGGAUAUGCAUUUAUCUACAAUGGUUCGUGUUCGUUCGUGCUGGGGGAAACAUGCAAUAUAGUUUAGUAUGUACACAAUGAGCUUGUGUUGAAUAAGUGGCUUUUUCUUAAUAAAUAUGUAAUUUUAUGUUUUCCCUCCACCGACUAAUGUACACUUUGGUAGUGGAGUCGGCAAUCUUUGGCAUGACAUGAAAACACGACCGGAAUCGACAUGACUUUCACACGAAA